AGGGUCCCUACUCCUCUCAGUGGCAGGCAGCUAUGGAUGCAGACAUGGCUUCCUGGAAGUCCACAGGCACCUACGUUGACGCAGUUCCCCCUCCUGGGGCGAACAUCGUCAGUGGCAUGUGGAUCUUCAGGGUGAAGCGGCCGCCGGGCUCUCCACCUGUCUUCAAGGCACGGUACGUUGCUCGUGGCUUCAGUCAGCGGCAGGGAGUUGACUACUUUCAGACCUUCUCUCCCACCCCGAAGAUGACCACUCUUCGGGUGCUGCUGCACAUAGCCGCUCAGCGCGACUACGAGCUUCACUCUCUCGACUUCAGCACUGCGUUCCUGCAGGGUAGCCUGCACGAGGAGAUCUGGCUGCGCCGUCCGCCUGGCUUCACUGGGACUUUCCCUCCUGGCACCCAGUGGAGCCUCCGACGGCCAGUCUACGGUCUCCGCCAGGCACCGCGUGAGUGGCACGACACACUGAGGACUACGCUUGCGGCUCUUGGGUUUGCUCCGUCUACAUGCUGA